UAUGGACUCGCCGAAAAACGAAUCUCACUCAUUUUCCCCAACCAAAGUGAAUCUUUUUUGAACUAAUGCUAAUGACUCAAAUCCAUACUGCCAAUAGGGAAAAGAACAUUUGGGCACCCUACGUGAUAUCCCAAAAACACAAUUGCUCUGUUAUCAAAGGGAUGUGAAGUUGAUGUUAGCCACCUCCUUCCUCACAGUUCUUAAAAAACUUGAGCCCAUUUUGUAUGCCCCAUCUCACUUCCAUACUAACUGCCACUCCCUUCCUUUUAACUACCUUUUGAAUUCUUGUUCCUCUCUUUCAGACCUCAAACGAAUCCAUGCUCUCAUCCUCACAAAUGGGUCCCACAAAAACCUCCUCUUAUCCACCAAACUCAUCACCUUAGCUCGCUCCGUGUCCCCAACAAUGGACUAUGCUCGCAAACUGUUUGAUUUAAUGCCUGAAAGGGAUUUAUUUCUCUGGAACACCAUGAUUCGAGGUUACGCCAAUCUGGGUCCUUGUCAAGAGGCCAUAGUUCUCUACAGGGAUAUGCAUCAGAUUGGAUUAUCACCCGACAGCUAUACAUUUCCUUCUGUGGUUCGAUCUUGUUCUGUCCUCUCAGCUUUGAUGGAAGGGAGAGAAGCGCACUGCAACAUAAUUAAGAUUGGAUUUUAUUUGGAUGUAUUUGUACAGAGUUCAUUAAUUACAAUGUACUCGCAGAGUGGGGAGAUCUUUAAUUCGGAACUAGUUUUUGGUGAGAUGGUUGUGAGGAACAUAGUUUCUUGGACUGCAUUGAUUGCGGGGUAUGUGCAAAAUGGAUUUUUCGAAAAAGGGUUGUGCGCUUUUCGUGAGAUGGUAGCUUUGGGGACUCAACCGAAUGCAAUUACACUCAUCAGCAUUCUUCCCGCCUGUGCUGGUUUGGAGUUUUUGAACUUGGGGAAAUUGGUUCAUGGUUGUGCUGUUAAAUUGGGGGUGGACUCCCAUAUUUCACUGAUUAACACGUUAAUCGCUCUUUAUGGUAAGUGUGGAAUUGUUGAUACUGCCAGAUCUUUGUUUGAUCAGAUGCCAGUCCGAAGCCUGGUCUCGUGGAAUGCCAUGAUUGCUGCUUAUGAACAGACUAAUGCUGAUCGGAAUGCAAUUAAGCUCUUCCGUAGAAUGCUAAUUGAAAAGGUAGAAUUUGAUUAUAUCACAAUGGUUAGUGUUAUAUCAGCUUGUGCUAAGUUGGGAGCACUCAAUACUGGGAAAUGGAUACAUAAGCUUGUGAGGAACAAAGGUCUUGAAACUAAUGUUUCGAUUACUAAUGCUUUAAUUGACAUGUUUGCAAAAUGUGGAAACAUAGAUUUGGCAAGGGGUGUUUUCGACAAGUUGCCUUAUAAAAGUGUUGUGUCCUGGACUUCAAUUAUAGGGGCCUGUGCAUCUCAUGGGCAUGGGGGCAAUGCUCUGACGUUGUGUCCUGGACUUCAAUUAUAG